AUGCACACAGUCGAGGUGAUGCCACUGUCGACCGUCACCGGUGUCGUGGGAAAAGAGGAUUUCGAACAGCAUCACCUUAGUGAAUUAACUCAACGGAAACGACGCUGUCAAGCAGAAUGGGAAAGGAAAGACUACAGAAAACGGACAAAUUUUCGGUGUAUCGUUUUGGCAGCUUUAUUCGGCAUUUCUGCUGCCAUCAAGGGAUUUGAUACUGUGCAGAAUUUAUCCAUCGACAAGUUCCAGUGCUUGAAAGACAAUGGUUAUAUGUUUUUUAUCGGUAGAAUAUGGAAGAGUUUGGGAGAAUUUGACUGGGACGGCUUACAGAACAUCAAGAAUGCGUUUGAAGCCGGCUUUUACGUGAGCGUUUACAUUUUCCCUUGCUUGGAUUUUCCAAAAUGUGCACCUGUGCAAGAUCAGGUUGAAGAAACAAUAAAUCGUUUGAAUGAUGAAGGUGUUAAAUAUGGAAUGGUGUUUCUGGACAUACAGAUGCUCGAUUGGCCGAGUGACAAGGAAGGGAACCGUAAUACCAUUGAUGCUAUGGGUCAAAAACUAGAUGAGAUGGGGGUCGAGUGGGGAAUCUACACCAAUAAACGUAACUGGAACGCUAUCGUUGGAGACUGGGAUAAGUGGAAACAUAAAAAACUUUGGUGGUCUUUUUGGGGUAACAAUGAUGGGGAACGAUACAGCGACUUCGAACCCUUUGGUGGAUGGACAGAUUUUUACAUGCAACAGUACGCUGGAGAUUUUAAUGGACCAUGCUCUGUUUCUCUUGAUCUUGACUAUUAUGCAUAGUUGAAAAUAAAGGGUUCCCUGCAGUGCG